CGCUCUCGCAGGCAGGCCUUUCCUCGCCCGGCCGAUCGCCCGGCCGCGUCCGCGCGCGCAGGCGGUGGCCGGCCGCCCCGGGCCGCAGCAUGCAGGCGCGCUACUCCGUGUCGGACCCCAACGCGCUAGGCGUGGUGCCCUACUUGAGUGAGCAGAACUACUACCGCGCGGCGGGCAGCUACGGCGGCAUGGCCAGCCCCAUGGGCGUCUACUCCGGCCACCCGGAUCAGUACGGCGCAGGCAUGGGCCGCUCGUACGCGCCCUACCACCACCACCAGCCCGCGGCGCCCAAGGACCUGGUGAAGCCGCCGUACAGCUACAUCGCGCUCAUCACCAUGGCCAUACAGAACGCUCCUGAGAAGAAGAUCACCCUAAAUGGCAUCUACCAGUUCAUCAUGGACCGCUUCCCCUUCUACCGGGAGAACAAGCAGGGCUGGCAGAACAGCAUCCGACACAAUCUCUCGCUCAACGAGUGCUUCGUUAAGGUGCCGCGCGACGACAAGAAGCCGGGCAAGGGCAGCUACUGGACGCUGGACCCGGACUCCUACAACAUGUUCGAGAAUGGCAGCUUCCUGCGGCGACGCCGGCGCUUCAAGAAGAAGGACGUGCCCCGAGAGAAGGAGGAGCGCGCGCACCUCAAGGAGCCGCCUCCAGCAGCGACCAAGGGCGCCCCGACCGGGCCCCCCCUAGCGGACGCCCCCAAAGAAACUGAGAAGAAGGUGGUAAUCAAGAGCGAGGCGGCGUCGCCAGCGCUGCCGGUCAUCACUAAGGUGGAAACCCUGAGCCCCGAGGGCGCGCUGCAAGCCAGCCCGCGCAGCGCCGCGUCCACUCCCGCCGGCUCCCCCGACGGCUCGCUGCCGGAGCACCAGGCCGGGCCGCCCAAUGGGCUGCCGGGCUUCAGCGUGGAGAACAUCAUGACGCUGCGAACGUCGCCGCCGGGUGGUGAGCUGAGCCCCGCCGGGGGGCGCGCGGGGCUGGUGGUGCCGCCGCUGGCGCUGCCCUACGCCGCUGCCCCGCCCGCCACCUACGGGCAGCCGUGUGCGCAGGGCCUGGAAGCCGGGCCGACCGGCGGCUACCAGUGCAGCGUGCGCGCCAUGAGCCUGUACGCCGGCGCCGAGCGGUCCGCGCACGUGUGCGGUCCGCCUGCUCUGGACGAGGCGCUCUCGGACCACGCGAGCGGCCCCACGUCACCCCUGAAUGCUCUCAACCUCGCAGCCAGCCAGGAGGGCGCGCUGGCCGCCGCGGGACACCACCACCAGCACCACGGUCACCACCACCCACCCGCGCCGCCGCCCCCGCCGGCGCCCCAGCCCCAGCCGGCGCCGCAGCCCGGGACCGCCGCGGCCCAGACGGCCUCUUGGUAUCUCAACCACAGCGGGGAGCUGAACCACCUCUCAGGCCACACGUUCGCGGCACAGCAGCAGUCUUUCCCCAACGUCCGGGAGAUGUUCAACUCCCACCGGCUGGGCCUGGAGAACUCGGGUCUUGGGGAUCAUCAGGUGAGCAGCAACGCCAGCUGUCAGCUGCCUUACAGGUCGGCGCCGUCGCUGUACCGCCACGCAGCCCCCUACUCCUAUGACUGUCCGAAAUACUGACUCCGUCGGGCCUCCCCUGCCCCCGGCUCGCUCUGGCUUCCCUCUCAGACAGUUAAGGCGGCAGAGAC